CGGGAGCGGGCGGUGCCUGGGGCAGAGCGGGCGCGGGAUCCGAGGCGGCUGCUGGAUCCGAGGCGGCUGCGGCCGACUUCUUGGAAGGAACUAGAGAGGGACCACCUUGCCCUGCCCCAUCUUCCUUCAGCUCUGUCUUGUGUGUUACACCUACAUAUAUACACACAGUCUAUGUGUCAUAGAAAGACUUCUUUGAAACUGGAAUAGAACGGAAUAUUUCAGUUGGAAGGGACCUACGCUGUCAUCUAGUCCAACUGAAAAUACAUCGUAAACAUGAGCUGAUGGAGACCCCCGGCCGCAGCGCGCUGCACCUGAGUGACUGGCAGAAGAGCUACUUUGCUGUUACCUCUGGCGCCUGCACGCCCGGGCAGAAGGCAGAUGAAUACCGUGCCCAAAUCCUGCGCGUACAGUACGCGUGGGCAAACUCCGAGAUCUCUCAGGCCUGUGCCACCAACCUGUUUAGAAAGUAUGCAGAGAAAUACUCUGCAAUUAUUGACUCUGACAACAUAGAGACUGGCUUGAAUAACUACGCUGAAAACAUUUUGACUUUGGCAAAGUGCCGGCAAAACGACAGUGACAAGUGGCAAUCUGCCCUGACAACAGAUAAUGUAUUUGGGUUAAAGCGUGUGCAAGAGCGGAUGCAGGCUGGCAAAAAUUUCCGAAGCUCUGGGGUGGCACCGGCAGAUGCCUGUGCCCCAGCUGAUAAAGGUCUCGGUGCCUCCGCCGCUCCAGGUCUUCCUCAGCUCGGCGUCCCCAGUGGCGCCGGAGAGACUGAACUCUGUGCUGGCCCAGCAAAAUGCGCAGGUCGGGGACCCGAUCUCCUUGGGCAGCCCUCACCGGCAGAGUCUCCUCAAAGCGGCGUGCCUGCUGCGACCGAAACUUCGGCUGCCCGUCCUGCCACCUCAGCCUCCUUCAAGGAACAGCUUCCUACAGGUUUCCAGGCAACUCCGCUGUUUGGAAGUAAAGAAGCGGCACGAGGCAGUUCUCUGAAACCGUCGAGCAGCUGUCGUGAUGGACGACAUCUGUCUCUUCCUGGUCAGUCAGCUACACCUGCCUGGUCCGCAAGUUCUGGAAAAAGAAGAGCGUUUUAUGGCCUGGCUGAUGAAGGCAGCGCGGUGGCUCCCAGCCUUGCCCCGUGCCAGGCUUCUGUUGGUACCGAAACCAGCAGUCUUUCAGGGAGCAGAAACAGAGAUGAGGAGAGCAGCGUGCCUGGUUUUAGAACUGCAAAAGAACAGCUGUGGGUGGAUCAGCAGAAGAAAUCUCAGCACCUGCCCCAGCGUGCCCCAGUCGCCUCGUACGGAGGCGUAAAGAAGUCCCUGGGCGCAGGCAGAUCUCGGGGUCCGUUUGGCAAGUUUGUUCCUCCGGUUCCAAAACAGGACGGGAAUGAGAACGGAGAAGCGCAGUGUAAACCUCAUGCGAGAGGGCCGGCGGAUCCGCCGCCGCUUGUAGAUGAGCGGCUGAGAAACAUAGAGCCAAAAAUGGUUGAACUCAUCAUGCAUGAGAUCAUGGACCACGGGCCUCCUGUCAGCUGGGACGACAUUGCCGGGGUUGAGUUUGCUAAAGCUACCAUCAAAGAAAUAGUGGUCUGGCCCAUGCUGAGGCCAGACAUCUUCACCGGGUUACGUGGUCCUCCAAAAGGAAUUCUUCUCUUUGGCCCCCCUGGGACUGGCAAGACUCUUAUAGGCAAGUGCAUCGCGUGCCAGUCGGGAGCGACUUUUUUUAGCAUCAGCGCCUCCUCUCUGACUUCCAAGUGGGUAGGCGAGGGGGAAAAGAUGGUCCGUGCGCUGUUCGCUGUGGCACGAUGUCAGCAGCCAGCAGUGAUUUUCAUCGAUGAAAUUGACUCGCUGUUGUCCCAGCGUGGAGAUGGGGAGCACGAGUCGUCGAGACGGAUAAAAACGGAAUUUCUGGUCCAGUUAGAUGGGGCAGCAACCUCCUCUGAAGAUCGUAUUCUAGUGGUCGGAGCAACGAAUCGGCCCCAGGAGAUCGACGAAGCUGCCCGGAGGAGACUAGUGAAGAGACUGUACAUCCCUCUUCCAGAAGCCUCGGCCAGGAAGCAGAUCGUUACCCGCCUAAUGUCAAAGGAGCACUGCUCUCUAAGUGAAGGGGAGCUGGACGUCAUAGUUAAGAAAUCGAAUGGAUUUUCUGGGGCAGACAUGGCACAGCUCUGCCGAGAAGCCUCUCUGGGCCCUAUCCGCAGCCUCCAGGCGACGGACAUUGCAACCAUCGCACCAGAGCAAGUGCGGCCUAUUGCUUUUCUGGACUUUGAGAGUGCCUUCAGAACGGUGCGGCCCAGCGUCUCCUCGAAGGACCUGGAGCUGUACGAAACCUGGAACCAGACGUUUGGCUGCGGUGGGUCGUCGCACCCUACCUGUUUCUCGGGAACGUCUCCUUAGCGCCGCCGCGUACUGCAGCUGGGAUAAUCUGGGGUGUCUGCACUUCUCUUUCUUUGUUUUUGUCUUUGAAACACAUCUUCCUGUGUUAUGCAGGCAGAUGUCCAGGCCCUGCCCUGAGGUUUAGCUCACUGAAAAGACGGUGAGAAACCGCUGGUCAUGCUAUGAGAAACUGCUGAACACAAGUAGUGGAGCGAGAAGCUGACAGAAAUGACCGAUGGCUGCAGUGAAGGUGGGCAGACUUUGCUGACGUUUAAGGGGAAGAUGGUCAAACCUCACGUACAGCUGAAGGGAGGAUUGGGGGCACCUUGCAAGGCCCCUGUGGUGUGUCAGUAAUGCCGUGCUAGGCUGAGGGGAGCCGGGUAACGUCAGCAGAAAUGCCAGUUUUGGGUAGGGAUGCGGCAAAACUGGGGCUGAUGGGGGAAAAGCACUUGGGGGCGUGUCGUUUGGGAAGAGACAGGCGCAGAGGAAGGAAGGAGUCAAGGCGGGUGUGAGAAGAUUGGGAGGGUGGGUAAAAGGGGAGGGUCUCAUGGAAGCAGCGCUCUUGUCUGCCAGUCCUGUGCCACACCACUGCCGUCUACCCAGCUUCUCAUUAAACCCUUCCUCUGAUCAUUUUCUGCUUGGCCUUGCUUUCUGUGCUGUGUGUGUGGAUGUGUGUUAUCGGGAGCCAGCCGUGGGCAGGCCAACGUGUUUAGAGCCAGGUGCCGUGGUGAUCCCGCUGUGCGGGCAAACCUCACCAGCACUGCUCGCUAGCAAGCUUCAAGCUGGACAAGCUGGCAAGUAGGAGGAAAAGCAGCACCUGGAAAGAGGCGAGCUAUGAGCCAGGGGCAGGGUAAGGGGGCUCAGGGUCUGGGUAUGGCUUUUAGAUGAACUUAAACCCCGUGGCAAUGUUUGAAGGCUCCAGGAGCGUGGUGGUCUUGUGAAGCUGGAGAGUGCAGGGGCCUGCGUGUCUCGCCAGUGAGCCGCAGUCCUGUUUGCGGGAGGUGAGGGACAAGAUGGGGCUGUGUCGUUCGAUUUAUGUGAGCGCGUUUGCUGGGUAGGUGCGUGCUGCCGAAAGCGCUGCUUGCUCUCUGUUCUCGUGUGUGUGUGUGUGUGUGUGUGUGUGUGUGUGUGCAUGUGCGCCCGCCUGUUUGUGUGCAUCUGCCGUUUUGGACUAGGGACGCAGCCUCGCUCCUGCCUGGACCCGCAAUGAAAACCAGCGGCAGGGGCACCCAGCAACGGAGUCAUAGAAUCAUGAAGGUUGGAAAAGACUUCUAAGAUCAUCAGGUCCAACUGCCAACCCAACACCCCCAGGCCUCCUAAACCAUGUCCCAAAGUGCCACGUCUACACAUUUUUUGAACACCUCCAGGGAUGGUGAUUCCACCACCUCUCUGGGCAGCCUGUUCCAAUGCCUGACCACCCUUUCAGUAAAGAUGUUUCUCCUAAUCUCCAGUCUAAACCUCCCUCAUGCAACUUGAGGCCAUUUUGUCUCAUCCUGUCCCUUUUUGCUUGGGAGAAAAGACCAACACCCACCUCACUACAAACUCUCCUUAGCCCUGAGACUGCAGUGAACUUUGAGUUCAGAAUACUUUGGAAGACUUGGCAUUUCACAGAGCUCUUCCUGAUUUCAACAAAAAGUGUCAGUCCUAUUCUUCGCUUGUGUCUUUAGUAAAGUGUGGUAUGUGUUAGAAACUUUUUCAGAGAAAUAAAAAUUCAGGUAUGCAAAUUUAUCUUAAUUUUUGAAAGAGUAAAAGUAGAAUAAUUUGAUUAUUUUUGUAAGAAUAAAUGUGGGAUGUGGUCCAAACUGAUUGACCUUUGUGUCACUGGGGUAAAGAUUACGUGAUUAAAUCUGCUCUUACAAGUUUAGUGUCAGAGAGCUACAGACAGGUACAACGUGAGGUUUUUGCUCCCCAAGCAUCUCCCCAACCGUAAUGAAAACAUGCUGUUGAAAAUCUUCCCUCAGGCAAGUGACUAAAACCCCCAGAGACUUUUAAUUGUUUAGUAAAACCUAAGGGUUGCUCAAGGGUAAUAGAACCCUUAGGUAUGAUAAACUAGCUGCCUUAUUUCUGCUGGGAAUUGUUCUGGUACACCCUGUGAGCAUACUGUGCUCAUCCACGUGCCUGAAUAGUCCUGUUGAAAUGGGAAUGUCUCUGCUGACAGGACCAGGGAGAACACACGAGGCAACAGAGAAUACAAUGCGUCCUGAAAUGCCGAGGACUGGGAUUUCGGCAAUGCUGGGCCGAUAUGUUUGUCCUCUGCAAAGUGGAACUUGUGAACAAGUACGGAUGCAGGUAAUGUGACUGUCUCUUCCGCCGUCUGGCACCGUUCAGGCUUUGCUGCAGGACUUGCAAGUCAGCAGGACUUCCAGUAUCAGCCCAGCGCGUAUUUCAUCACCCGCCGUAGCAGUGCCACCUAACAAGAGACUAGGUCGCUGGUAACGUAAUUUCAGAAAAUGGGGAAAACUGCACAGAAGCAGGGCAUGAUUGUAAUUUAAGGGAAAUGGUGCAGAUAAAUCCACUUUAAUGGAUCUGUUUAGCGUUGGCGGAAACUGAUGUGCUUCUUUCUGGCUGGCUGAACUUCGUAAGACGACAUGCAGGACUCUCCUCUGGUUUUGUGGUUUGGUAACACUUGAUGCGCAAUCUCUUAGCUUCUCUUAAAUAAAGGCAAAUAAUUGCAGUCCUGGGUGGGCGAGGUCUUUAUUAAUAAUCAAGGCAAUCUAGACUCUUCAUUUUCUCAGUGCGCCUUGGAAUUGAGUUAGCAAAAUUGUCUCAGAGCAGCAUGAAAUUCCCAGAUGAAUUCUCAUU